CACGUCCGGCGGCGGCGGCGGCGGCGUUCCGUACGGUCGGCCGGGCGCGUACGGCCCGGUUAGUUGCUUGAUAGGACUGGAGUCGACGCGGCCCGGAGCCGGUGGGGUCGGCGCAGGGCGGACCGGCCCCGACAGACCAUGGACAACGGUUCCUUUAUCCAGCACAGCGUGAGGGUUCUGCAGGAGCUGAACAAGCAGCGGGAGAAGGGCCAGUAUUGCGAUGCCACCCUGGACGUGGGGGGCCUAGUGUUCAAGGCGCACUGGAGUGUCCUCGCUUGCUGCAGCCACUUCUUCCAGAGUCUCUAUGGGGAUGGCUCAGGAGGCAGUGUUGUCCUCCCUGCCGGCUUUGCUGAGAUUUUUGGCCUCUUGUUGGAUUUUUUCUACACCGGUCACCUCGCCCUCACCUCUGGGAACCGGGAUCAGGUGCUCCUGGCAGCCAGGGAGUUGCGAGUGCCAGAGGCUGUGGAGCUGUGCCAGAGCUUCAAGCCGAAAACCUCAGUGGGACAGGCACCAAGUGGCCAGAGUGGGCUGGGGAAACCCGACCCCCAGGAUGUGAAUAGCCACGUCAAGGAGCUGGCAGGCUUGGAGGAAGAGGAAGUUUCUAGGACUGGGGGUCAGGUCCCUCGGGACCAGGAGCUGAGCGGCAGUCACAGCCCCCAGAGGCCCCAGCUUGGUCUCCCUGCUCAGAGCGAGAGCCCCUCCUUCCUGCGUGGGAAACUCAAGCAGGCUCUGAAGCUUUGUCCCCCAGAGGACAAGGAGCCUGAGGAUUGCAAAGUGCCCCCAAGGCCCUUUGAGGCUGAAGGUGCCCAGCUACAGGGCGGGAGUAAUGAGUGGGAAGUGGUGGUUCAAGUUGAGGACGACGGGGAUGGCGACUAUGUUUCUGAGAUGGAGCCUGUGUCCAGCAGGAGGACAUCCAAUGUACUCAGAAAGUCCUGUGCUGCCGAGCCAGCGCUGAGCGCAGGCUCCCUAGCAGCCGAGCCCCCUGAGAACAGAAAAGGUACAGCCGUGCCAGUUGAAUGCCCCACAUGUCAUAAAAAGUUCCUCAGCAAAUAUUAUCUAAAAGUCCACAACAGGAAGCACACUGGGGAGAAGCCCUUCGAGUGUCCCAAAUGUGGAAAGUGUUACUUUCGGAAGGAGAACCUCCUGGAGCAUGAAGCCCGGAAUUGUAUGAACCGCUCAGAACAGGUCUUCACGUGCUCCGUGUGUCAGGAGACCUUCCGCCGGAGGACAGAGCUGCGGGUGCACAUGGUGUCGCACACGGGGGAGAUGCCCUACAAGUGCUCCUCCUGCUCCCAGCAGUUCAUGCAGAAGAAGGACCUACAGAGUCACAUGAUCAAGCUGCACGGAGCCCCCAAACCCCAUGCUUGUCCCACCUGUGCCAAGUGCUUCCUGUCCCGAACGGAGCUGCAGCUGCAUGAGGCUUUCAAGCACCGCGGGGAGAAGCUGUUUGUGUGUGAGGAGUGUGGGCACCGGGCCUCGAGCCGGAACGGCCUGCAGAUGCACAUCAAGGCCAAGCACAGGAAUGAGAGGCCGUACGUCUGUGAGUUCUGCAGUCAUGCCUUCACCCAGAAGGCCAAUCUCAACAUGCAUCUGCGCACACACACGGGCGAGAAGCCUUUCCAGUGCCACCUCUGCGGCAAGACCUUCCGCACCCAAGCCAGCCUGGACAAGCACAACCGCACCCACACUGGCGAGAGGCCCUUCAGCUGUGAGUUCUGUGAGCAGCGCUUCACCGAGAAGGGGCCCCUGCUGAGGCAUGUGGCCAGCCGCCACCAGGAGGGCCGGCCCCACUUCUGCCAGAUCUGUGGAAAGACCUUCAAAGCUGUGGAGCAGCUGCGUGUGCACGUCCGCAGGCACAAAGGCGUGAGGAAGUUUGAGUGCACUGAGUGUGGCUACAAGUUCACCAGGCAGGCCCACCUGCGGAGGCACAUGGAGAUCCACGACCGGGUGGAGAACUACAACCCACGGCAGCGCAAGCUCCGGAACCUGGUCAUCGAGGACGAGAAGAUGGUGGUGGUGGCACUCCAGCCGCCUGCUGAGCUGGAGGUGGGCUCAGCAGAGGUCAUCGUGGAGUCCCUGGCCCAAGGGGGCCUGGCCUCCCAGCUCCCUGGCCAGAGACUGUGUGCGGAGGAGAGCUUUGCGAGCCCGGGUGUCAUGGAACCCUCGCUCCUCAUCACAGCUGCCAUUCCUGAGGACUGUGACACGUAGCCCCACCCACCGCAGCCCACUUGGCGCCCACCCUCAAUAAACCCACAUGGCUUUGGACU